AAAAAAUUAUGAUGGUGUUAAAAGGAAAAUGGAAAGGUAUCCGAUUAUUUUUUGAUGAACCAAAAAAUCCCGAAGAUCCCGAAAGAUUAGCAAGAUUUAUUAGUAAUGAUGAUUGGCAUCCUUCAAGACGUACAAUUUAUCGUAUCAUGAAAGCUCAAAGAAAUCAAAUACCACAAAUAGAAUGGUGGAUUGAAUUAUUUCCAAAGUAUAAAGAAUACUUUGAACUUCAAUUUAAUGAUGAAUUAAUAAGGAAAAUAUUAAAUGAAAAAUAUGAAGCGAGACAAGAGAAACGUAAAAAUAAUUUAAAGUCGUCUUCAUAA